GGUGGGGGCUGGUGCUCACGCUCAAUUCUCCAGGUGGCCGGGCAAGGGCCAGAGGGAGCGUUCCUCAAGGAGGAGAGCAGAGAUGCCAGGAGAUGUUCAUCUCACAAGACUAGAAGUGGAAUGGAAAGCUUCAUGUGUGUGAACAGUUGCCUUCCCUGCUCUUCUGAAGAUGAUACUCCCUCCCCAGUCUGUAGCUUCUCUUCUAACCCUGCUUUCCUGCUUUAGGUGCAUAGGGGAACAAGGACAGGGAGCUUUUAACCACCUCAGCCCAGGGCAAGGCCUAGCAAAGGAAGAUCCUUUUUCUUGUCUGCCCCUCUGCACUUCUCAGCCCUUCAGCUACUUCGUGCUCUAUGGUGCUCUCUCUUGUCCCCCUUGCCCCCUCCUUGAAGCUGGGCCCCAGUGAUUCCAUCUGGUGGGAUCACACUGGAGCUGAUGAGUAACAAGGCUGGGCAGGGCCUAGGUAUCUCUCCAGCACUAGACAGAGAGCAGACAGCUAUCCUUGCUUUGGGGGGGGUCAGGGGGAGUGAUCAUGACAUAUCUCUUUCCUAGCUGCUUACAGAGCUGUUGGUGAGAGGUGGGGCAUCAGGGGCUGGGAAGAGCUUGCUCUGUGCCUUCCCAGCCCCUUCAGCUGGCAUUCUGAACCCCUUCAGCAGGGGUGCACCAUUCCCACAGGCUUUAUCAUAGCACGCUUUGGGAACGGUGGCCAGAGCGGGGCAUGCUGUGGGGAUUGAGUCUGCCUGCAGCCUCCUGGCAGAUGGGGAGAGGAAGCAGCAGUUAGACUUCCUUUCCCCAGCUGGGCUGGAGAGCUUGGUGGGGUGGGGGGUUCUCUCAGCUCUUCAGUGUCCUCUGGCAGAGGGCUGAGUGAUGGGCUGGGAGUGGGGGAGAUGGGAGCCCAGCUCAUGACCACAAAGCUCUGCACUGGGGCGCGGGGGGGUUCAGCUGUGCCUUGUGCACCUUUGCUGCAGCUGAGGGCAGGCCUGGCUCCCUGUGGCAGGGGGGGGGCUCGCCCCAGCCGCCUGAUCACUGUGACACAAGAGCUGGGAUCUGCAGGCACGGAGGAGACUGAGGGUAGCACAUCCCAAGCAAUCCCCACUCCUGUGGGACUUAGGACCAUGGGAGCUGCUUCCCAUCCUUAAGCUGGUUUGGAGAGGGCCUGAUCACAAAAAGCAGAAGCAAGUUGUGCUCUGCAUUGGCUUGUCAGAGGUAGAAGGAAGCAAGUGUGAGCUGGAGGCAAGCAGGGUGUCUCGCACGCCUGACUUGGGGCAGUGAAGGUGACGUGUCUCAGAGCUGGGCACAGCGGGUAGAGUAAAGGCGAGAGGGAAGCAAGGUUGUUGUGCUGGGAUUCUGCUGUGUCUUACUUCCCUUUCCUGUCUCUUCAGGGUUUUGUAUGGGUUUCUUCUUUGCAGAUCUUGUUUGGUUCUUGAAUAGACUUGUAUAUAUUUUCAGUGCAAAAUUCUGUAAAUGGAAGAAAACAAACAUUUAAAACGAGACGCCCGGCGCGAAGAAUCUGCUGUAUUUAUGGGAAAUAAAGAGUUCUUUCCUGAUCCUGCUCCUCUGUCUUUUGACCUAAGGAAUGCAUUUUUCCCCUUACUUUCCUGGACCCCUGAGGAGCUUCUCUGCACCCUGCCCAGCUCAAAUCCUGCCCCUUCAGUCCUGUAGUUGAUCCCUCAGUCACUCAGGCCCUUGCCACAAUGAUUUCCUUUCUCCCAUGAGCAGGGAGCAGGGAUGGUGGAAUUCCCCUCACAGUUCUCAAUUCCUUUUUUGAGAGCUGUCACUUCCAGGCUGUGAACAUGGUGCUACCCACUUCCCUCAUGCCCCACGGAGAGGCAGCAGGCAGGAAUCUGUGCCUGACAGCCCACGUUAAGCAGGGCUUGAGUUCUCUGCCAUGCCCCACAUGAUUGCAGCUUCACCACUGCUGGUAGCAGCACUUAGAAGCAGCUCCACGACGCAGUUCAGGGCUGGGAGCAGCUCUGAUACUGCAUAUGAGGAAUGGCCUAGCCACCACUUGAUGCAGCCAGUGAGGAUCUGGGGGGGCUCUGCUGCAUCUUUGCAGCAGGUGCUUGAAGCAACUGCCUGUUAGGACCCCCUCCAAGGCUCGAUGGUAGGGGAUCAGAUGUGCUCUGCCACUGGUUUAGAACAGCCUGGUGUUUUGGGCAGGGAGAGAUGGUGCUCUGUCACCCCAUAACCACUUAACUGCCAGCACUGCUUUGCUGUACAGUAACUGGAGGCUUGACCCUUGCCAAGCAGCACAGCCUAGCAGCCCUCAAAUUUUUGCUCCUCCGGCUUCAGGGCACAGAUGGCAUAGCCCUUUGACCUCGUUUUCCUUUGCUGCUUGUCCCUUCUGCCCAUGAGCUGACCUGUUCUCAUUUUGGCUUGGUUUCCUGCUUCCUGUGCCAGCUAAGUAACCCAGCCAACAACAACCUCUGCUCUCUCUUAGUGCAGGUGGAAAGUCCUAUCUGCAGGUAGCCAGAAAUAAGGGGAGAUUUGCAUCUCAUAGAGUCAGGACCAAAAGUCUUGGUGGUGUGAAGUGGAUGUUUUUCGACAAAAAGAGGGGGGAAAAAAAAAGGGAGAUGCAGCCCCGCAGAGAGCAGGCAACAGCCGAGCCUGAGAACCGGGAGCUUGCGGUCCCCGUGCAACUGCGGGUGCUGCUGCCCUGCUCGGAGGAACUCUGCUGGCGGGGAGGAACCUCCCCAAAGCACAAGGCAACAGGCGUGGCCGCAGCCCUGCCGUGGUUCCGGAGAGCCCCAGCCACGGCAGGGAGGGAAAGCAGGGUGAGAAGGGCGGGGGGAGGCAGGGUGCGAGGGUGGCUUUGCUGCUUUUGUCACAACGAGGGGGAAGAGGGUGGAGCUGCACCCGUGAGCGUGGAGAGGUGCCUGAGGAGUGUUGGCAGAGGUGGGUGACCAGGCAGGGCAGGGUGUACACCAUCUGCGUGAGCUGCAGAGCCAGCUGGCACCGGCACGGUGGCACAGCUGGUGGUGGGCACGGGAAGGAAGGGGAACCACCCCAGCUGAGACAGAGCAAGAAAGAGCGUGGGCCCUUCACUCGGGCUCGGCAGCGGCAUGUGCUUGUCCUGCCUUGUUAUGUGUAUGCUGUAAUAAAAUUUCCCCUUUAAGGCUGGGCUGAAGUUAUUUUUACUUGUGGGGUGGUGACAGGAACAUAGAACGGAGCUGGAGCUCUAUGUUCUUACCUGAUCUGCGGUGGAGGGGCGGACAGAGGAGGAAGGAAGCUCAGAAAAGGAGAGCGAGAGAGAGAAGGGAGCUCAAGGGAGGGGAAAAGAAAGCAGGCAGGGCAUCCCCAGGGAGGGACUAGGGAGAGGAGCUGCUGGGGAAACUGACAAAGAGGGAACGAGGGAAGGAGGGAGAGGAGUAAGGAAGGAAAGGUCCUCCGGGAAAAGCAAAGUGACUCCGGGGAGAAGAGGGGCUGCGGGCAUCCAAUGUCAAGAACUACCGAGGGGAGCUGAGUGUGUACAGCCAAGCAGAGCAGCUUCUGUGGUCUCUGCCUGCCUCUCAAGAUGAUGAAGAGACAGUUUAAUUGGAUGCGCCAGCAGCUGUCCCAUCCCAACAGCACCAUCAGAGCCCAAGAAGCAACUGAGCUCCUGUCAGAAGAUUUGCUGCAGAUCGAGCAGAGGAUUGAGCCCGCCAAGCGAGCAGCUCACAGUGUGUCCAAGAGGCUCCAAGCCUGCCUGCAGGGACCAUGUGGCUCCGAGAUGGACAAGCGAGUGAAGAAGCUGCCCUUGAUGGCUCUGUCCAUGGCGAUGGCUGAGAGCUUCAAGGAACUGGACCCAGAGUCCAGCCUUGGGAAAGCCCUGGAGAUGGGUUGCUGCAUACAGAGCUCACUGGCCAAAAUUGUAGCUGAGUUUGAGAUUGCCCUGGAGCACUACGUCCUGCAGCCGCUCAACAAGCUCAGUGAGGAGGAGCUCCCCAUCAUCCUGAAGCGCAAGAAGACCCUCCAGAAGCUGAUUUCUGACUGGAACACAAUCAAGAGCCGGCUGAACCAAGCUGCCAAGAGUUCCAGUAACAGCACUGGAGCUGGUGUUGGCCCAGGGGCAUCUUCUGCUGCCAACAAACUGGAGAUCUUGAAGGAAGAAGAGGAGGAGGUGAAGAGGAAGGUGGAGCAGUGCAAGGAUGAGUACAUGGCUGACCUCUACCACUUCUCCACCAAAGAGGACAUCUAUGCCAGCUACAUCAUCAAACUAUUGGAAAUCCAAUCCCAGUACCACCGGCAGUCACUGGACUCUCUGGACACAGCUCUAGCAGAGCUGAGGGAAAGCCACAGGCAAACAGAGCCUUCCUUCACGACAGACUCCCCAGUGGCAGGGUACUAUGGUGUGUCCCUAGAGACACACCUCAAGAGCUUGGGCCGGGAAAUUGCACUUCCCAUCGAAGCCUGUGUCAUGAUGCUGUUGGCUUCUGGCAUGAAGGAGGAGGGACUCUUCCGGCUGGCAGCGGGCGCCUCAGUGCUGAGGAAGCUGAAGAGCAGCUUGGCCAGCGGCUCCAAUGCCCUGGAGGAGUUUUACUCAGACCCCCACGCUGUGGCUGGGGCACUGAAAUCCUACCUGCGGGAGCUGCCCCAGCCUUUGAUGACCUUCGAACUCUAUGAUGAAUGGGUCAAAGUGGCCAGCCUGAAGGACAUUGAUAGCCGCCUCCAGAGCCUGCGAGACACCUGCAGCCGCCUGCCCCAGGACAGCUACAACAACCUGAGGUAUCUGAUCAAGUUUUUAGCCAAGCUGGCUGAACACCAGGAGGUGAAUAAGAUGACCCCCAGCAACAUUGCCAUUGUGCUGGGCCCAAACCUGCUGUGGUCACAGCAGGGCACAGGAGAUCCCAUGCAACUGGACUUGGCCUCGGUCUCCUCCAUCCAGGCUGUGGUGGAAGCCCUCAUCCAGAACGUGGACACUCUCUUCCCUGGAGAGGUAGAUUUCAAUGUGUCGGGCAUGUUCGUGCCGCCCGCAAACACCGGACCUUGCAAGGCUGCCCCAGUGGAAGAGCCAACUCCUGCGACCCCUCCAGCCAGCACCCCCAUACCUUUGGAUGGAGAGGCCACCUCCAGGGACCCUGAGGCCAGGUGCCAGCCGGCAUCCCCAGCACAGCCCAGGCCAUCUCCUGAAGCUGCAGGGCCACCAGCUCCGACGAUGACUGACACCACCACCCGCAAAGGCAAACGCCCGGCUCCGGCCCGACCCACAAUGCCACCACCGCCCGUGACGCAGCCCCGGGGCACAGCUGCCAGCCCCAAAGCCCUGCCACGACGGGCGGUGCUCGGCCGAGCCCCCUCCGUCCCCCCGCCGCUCCCUCCGCAGCCUGCGCCCCGCCACAGCCGAGAGGCCCCGCCGUCCCCCGAGCCUGGCCCUGGGGAGGCUGGCAGGGCGGCUGCCAUGGACUGUGUGCCGCCAACCACAGAGGAGGGGCAGCCUCUGCCCGCAGGAGGGAGCCCCCUGGCCACAUCAGCCCCAGAAGGACAGCCCACAGAGAACUGAACAGGGUGAGGGGCGGGGAGGAAUCACAGGUCGGGGUGAUGGGAUCUGGCACCUCUCUGGGGCCCAGCGGGUGCUGUGAAAAUGCCACGGUGGCCUGAGGCAGAGCAUCUCUUGGUCCUCCACCUCGUUCCCUUGGCUCACACCACCUGGCAUGCUUUGCCUGCCUUCUCUUGCUCUCCCGUCUCGGUCUCCACCUCCCCACACCACCGUGUCGCUGCUGGAGCCCAGCCACCAGCCAGGGCUCAGAUCCCCCACUGCAGGCCCAGACACUGCCUGCAGCUCUUGGGCCACUGUGGGCAUUUGCAGAUGCUCAGCCGUGAUCCCAGCCCCGUCUUGCCUUAAAAUGCAUUGCCCCAGGAACACACAGAUGGAUAUG